CAAAAAAUUAGUAACAUGAUAGCAUCGCAGUGCACGGAGUAUUCUGAAGGGUAUAAAAAGGGAGUGGAUUGGAAGUUGCUCAGUGCAGUUUGGAAGGUUUCCUGUUGUCAGACACACCAGGAGAACAUCAUGCACUCCGCUUGCCUCACUGUCGGUCUCCUCUUCCUCGUCUCCAUCGCUUCGGCUUGUUACAUCAGCAACUGUCCUCAAGGAGGCAAACGAUCCAUCAUGGACAUGGACAUCAGACAGUGCAUGUCUUGUGGUCCCGGCAACAGAGGCCAGUGCUUCGGGGCCAAGAUCUGCUGCGGGGAGGAGAUCGGCUGCUUCUUCGGAACGUCGGAGACAUUGAGGUGCCAAAAGGAAUCCUACCUGCUCUCUCCGUGUGAACCUGCCGGCAGCCUCUGUGGCACGAACGGUGGGAAAUGUGCCGCGGCGGGAACCUGCUGCACUGCUGAGAGCUGCACAUUGGAUCCUGCGUGUAACUCCAGGAGCAUCUUCUCCUCAGAUUAAAUCGCGUCUCUGGGGAAACGCGAUCUGCAGCACAAAGCCUCGCUACCUAAAGCUCAAGUCGAGAAAUGUUUAAUACUAUUACGUUUUGAUGCUGAAUAGAUAGAAAUUAUAACCUGUAAAGGUUUCCAGACAUGUACAGAUGUGUUAAAUAAAUGUGAAAUAAUGCAACACUUGGAAUAACCAUUAACAUUAAAUAAACAAAAUACAAACACCUUGUUCUUUUUUGAGA